AUGGCUGAGGAGCCAAAGCCCGUCAUGCCAGCCCUGCGGAACGGCGAAGCUGAAUCGCUGGGCGACGAGGCCCCUAAGAAGCGGACGGACGGCAUUGUUGACGUCCCAGACGCAGAGAAGCAGAAAGACGCUCCCGAACAAGGGUUCGGUGCCUACGUGAAAUUAUGGGCUUGGUGUGAGCCGAUUGAUGUAUUCCUUCGCAUCUGCGGCUUCUUCGCUGCCAUUGCAUCUGGCACUGCUCUGCCUCUUAUGACCAUCAUCUUUGGCAAGUUCGUGGAUGUCUUCAAUGAUUUUGGGGUUGGCAAAAUCUCCGGGGAGGAAUUUAGGAGCGAGAUAUCAAAGAAUGCGCUCUGGUUUGUUUAUCUCUUCGUGGGCAAAUUUUUGCUCGUCUACAUUCACACCAUAUGCUUCAACAUCACGGCCAUAAGAAGCGUCCGGAAGCUGCGUCUGGAGUAUAUCCGUGCCAUUCUCCGCCAGGAGAUGGCCUACUUUGAUACCUAUACGCCAGGCUCUGUUGCAACUCGCAUUUCGAACAAUGCAAAUCUUAUCCAGACCGGCAUGUCUGAGAAAGUAGGCACCUGCUGCCAGGGCGUUGCCAUGCUGAUCGCAUCCUUUAUUGUUGCAUUUACUCAAAGCUGGAGGUUGACACUUCCCGUGGCCACCUCGAUUCCCACUGCCGUCACGCUGGUUGGCAUCACUGUUGCCCUGGACGCUAAGCUUGAAGCAAAGAUACUCGACAUCUACUCCAAGGCCGGAGGCCUCGUUGAAGAAACACUAGGCAGCAUCCGCGUUGUCGUUGCCUUUGGUGCCGGAGACCGCUUGAGUAAGAAGUAUGAUAACCACCUCGAGGCUGCCAAAGGGUUCGGUGUCAAGAAGGGCCCGGUCCUAGGUAUACAGUACAGCUCGGAGUUCUUCGUCAUGUACUGUGCCUAUGCUUUGGCUUUCUGGUAUGGUAUCAAGCUCUUGCUCCAGGGGAAAAUCGGAAGCGGCGGAGAAAUUCUCACGGUCUUAUUCUCUAUUGUCAUCGGUACUUCUUCUCUCACUAUGAUUGCACCUACUCUAGGAGAAUUUACCAAAGCCGGUGCUGCCGCCAACGAUGUUCUCAACAUGAUAAAUAGGGUACCCGAAAUCGACUCACUGAGCACCGAGGGUCAAAAGCCUAGCAGUGUUAUUGGUGACCUGGAAGUCUCCAACGCAGUUUUCUCCUAUCCUGCCCGACCUUCCAUCAAGGUAUUAGACGGAGUCAACUUGAAGAUACCCGCUCGUAAGGUCACUGCUCUCGUCGGAGCCAGCGGCAGUGGCAAGAGCACAAUCAUUGGACUUCUUGAGAGGUGGUAUGACCCCGCUAGUGGUUCCAUCACCUUAGACGGUAUAGAUAUCAAGGACCUGAAUGUUGGAUGGCUUAGAAGCCAGAUUGGACUUGUUCAACAGGAGCCUGUAUUAUUCAACGACACUAUCUACACUAAUGUGCUUUAUGGACUGCCACCUGAUGAAAUUGCCCGGAUGGAUGAGGAAAAGAAAAGAGAACUUGUUAGACAAGCCUGCAUUGAGUCUAACGCAGAUGGCUUCAUUCAAGGAUUUCCCAAAGGUUACGAUACCGUUGUCGGCGAAAGAGGCAGUCUUCUCAGUGGUGGCCAACGCCAAAGAGUCGCCAUUGCUCGUAGUAUCAUCUCUAACCCACCCGUCCUGUUGCUAGACGAAGCCACUUCCGCUUUGGAUCCCACUGCCGAAUCUAUUGUCCAAGCUGCCCUCGACAGAGUCUCCCAGACCAGAACCACAGUGCUCAUUGCCCACAAACUGUCGACUGUGAAGAAGGCAGAUAACAUCGUUGUCAUGAACAAGGGUCAAGUCAUCGAACAGGGAACUCAUGAGUCGCUCCUGGAUGCCAAGGGGCAGUACUGGAGUCUAGUGAAUGCUCAAUCCCUCUCACUUGCAACUGACGAUUCUUCGUCUGAGACUGAUAGGGAGCCUGAUGAACAACCAACUGAGGUCCUGGAAAAACAUACAACAACCAAAUCGACUCACAGCAACGUCCCUCACGAAGUUGCCGAAAAGUCGGAGGAUGUGUCUCGAAAAAUCUCUCUAUUCAAAUGCCUCUUGAUUAUCUUCUAUGAACAACGGCGCCAUUUGCUAUUCUUCUUCCUAGGAGGCCUUGCUUCCAUUGUUGGUGGUGGCGCAUUCCCUGCCCAGGCCAUCCUUUUCUCCAGAAUUGUGACAACAUUCCAACUGCCCAGAGAUCAGUGGCAAGAGAAAGGAGAUUUCUGGGCCUUGAUGUUCUUCAUCCUUGCACUUUGCAUCCUAUUGACUUAUGCAUCUAUCGGGUUCUUCUUGACAGUCGCCGCCUUCCGGUCGUCGAAGUUCUACCGUAGCGAGUACUUCAAGGCCAUGAUCUCGCAAGAUAUCGCAUACUUCGACAAACCGGAUAACUCCUCUGGUAGCCUUACUGCGCGCCUAUCAACCGACCCUCAAAACCUUCAGGAUCUUUUAUCGUCCAACAUUGGUCUCAUCCUAAUUGUUAUCGUCAGUCUUCUGUCCGUUACCAUUCUAGCCCUCGUCACUGGCUGGCGAUUAGCAUUGGUUUCCCUCUUCGGAUGUCUCCCGCCUCUCUUCCUGGCUGGCUUCAUCCGCAUGAGGAUGGAGAUGCAGGCCCAGGAUAAGAACGCAAAACUGUACUUGGAGAGUGCCCGGUUUGCCUCUGAGGCGGUGAACUCCAUUCGAACUGUUUCGUCCCUCACUUUAGAGUCCACUGUAUACAACAAUUAUGGUGACAGGCUGAAAGGACCAGUAGCAAGGUCGCUCAAGUACACUGCCAUUGCGAUGAUUUUCUUCGGAUUCUCAGAUAGUAUCGACACCGCCGCUAUGGCACUGGCGUUCUGGUAUGGUGGAAGGUUGAUGUCAUUCGGCGAAUACGACGCGCAGCAGUUUUUCGUCAUUUUCAUUGCCGUUAUAUUUGGCGGACAAGCAGCCGGAAUCAUUUUCGGCUUCACAAUGAACACUACGAAAGCCCAUGCUGCUGCAAAUCAUAUCAUACAUCUUCGAGGGCAGGUCGCCCCAAUCAAUGGCUCUACUGGCGAAGAGCCUGCAUCCAUAGAGGAUUCCGACGUGGCAGUGGAAUUCAGAAACGUAUCAUUUAGCUAUCCUACUCGUCCGGAUCAACCCGUGCUUCGCAAAAUCAGCUUGAAAAUCCGCCACGGCCAGAAUAUCGGUCUUGUAGGGCCAUCUGGAUGUGGAAAGACAACCAUGAUUGCCCUCCUAGAGCGUUUCUACGAUGUUACCUCCGGAGAUAUCUUAAUCAACGGAAAACCACUGACUGAUAUUGAUGUGACCAAAUAUCGUGAAACCGCCAGUCUGGUGUCCCAAGAAACAACUCUGUACCAAGGCACAAUUCGCGAAAACAUCCUUCUCGGCGUUACCCGUGACGUUCCUGACGAGGAGAUACACCAAGCCUGCAAGAACGCCAAUAUUCAUGACUUCAUAAUUUCACUGCCGGAAGGCUACAAUACCGAAGCCGGAUCCCGGGGCCUAUCGUUCAGCGGAGGACAAAGGCAGCGUCUAGCCACCGCAAGGGCCUUGCUUCGAAACCCAGAUUUCCUUUUCCUUGAUGAAGCCACCAGCGCCCUUGACACUGAGAGUGAACGGGUUGUCCAGGCCGCUCUCGAACAUGCCAAGAGAGGCCGAACAACUAUUGCCGUUGCCCAUCGACUCAGCACCGUCCAGGACUGUGAUGUCAUUUUCGUCCUUGAAGCCGGCAAGAUUGUUGAACAAGGUACCCACCAGGAACUUUUAAGGCGGAAGGGCCGAUACUUUGAGAUGUGCAAAGCCCAGAGCCUUGACCGUGAAGCAUGA